AUGCAGUUCCCCAUUGUGGACCAGGCAGUGCCCAUAUCUGAACCAGCACUCCCUGAACAUCAGGAGAAGACAGUGAGUUCUGAGCCAACAGAUGCUGCGCAUGUGUUUGAACCUGGGAAAACAGCCAGCAAGAAUGGAAAUGAGGAAUCUCAGCCAGAAGCACCUUCUGAAGCUCCCGAUAGACCAAAAGAGAAGAAAGUGGAAGGAGGAACUCACCGAGCAGGGUUUGAUGCUUUCAUGAUGGGCUAUAUUUUUGCUUAUGCCAGAAAUCUGACAAAAAACUCAGAAGAACCCAGCACUGCUCCCCUCAUCCCCGCAUGUCUCAAUAAACUUUUCCUCAGUGGCAAGUCUGUUCCUCUACAUCUAGCUAACAGCACCUUCUCCAAGUCUUCAAAGGCUCAUGUGCACAAGAUGGACUAUGUCUGGGGAAAAAGCUCUGCUGUAAAACCUUAGGGAACAGCAUAGAAACCUUAGAUUUUCAGAUUUCAAUAUUUGUGUACACUUUUGUUCAAAUAAAAUCAAAGGUUUUUUUUAUUUAUUUUUUUUACUGUUUUCUGACCACGGCAUGGUUGUUUUUCGUCUUCUGAUUUUAAAUCUAAACUUAGUAUUCUUGACAGUUUGCUAGAGUAGACUAAGUAGAUACUAUGAAAGAGCCUUUA